CCGCUCCCUCAUGAUCCGCAUCCUCCCCCCCUCCCCCCCCCCACCCCCGUCCAUGGCUGACCGCAACGCCCCGCGCUGGGGGCGACCCCUGCGCGGCCCGCCACGCGGGGGGCGCGCCGGCCAGCUGCUGGCGCUGCCCGUGCUCGUCGCCGUGGCAGGCGAGCUGCUGCCACCAGCGCAGCUUUUCUCGACUACGCCGGGUACGAGGUUAUGGCAGCCGUGCAGGACGUCCAGCUACAUGGUGUCAGGAUGCGCUGAGCGCUGGGCUCGCCUGCUCGGCGCCCGCUCUGCCGUACCUCGGAACGCCGUGGACGAGCUGACCUCGUGGGCGGAGACGCUGCUAAAGGACUGGGACGACAAGGACCGUGCCAACAGGAGGGAGGGCAACGCGCCCUUCGGCCUGCUGCAGCCGGACCAGGUCCCAGACGCGGAGAAGCUGAGGGCCGCUGUGAGGUAUCUCGUCAAGAACGCGAUAUCCGUGAGGCUCGGCAUCAUGGCCGGCAGCGGCUCGGAGGCCGUGCAGGCAAUGAGGAGCUGGGCGGCGGCGCUGCAGCUCCCCGCGAGCGGCCUCGACGUGAGGACCGUCGAUGCGCGAGGCAAGCCGACGGAAGACUCGAGCUUCGCGUCGGGGCCGUGCUACGUGAAGUACAACUACAACGACCGCCUGCAAGCGGAGCCAGACUCCUACAUGUCACCGCACAUCGGGCCGACGCGGGGCGUGACUGUGAACCCAGAGCUUCCAGAUGGCGAGCUGCGCAUAUUCGGCGACCUGCCGCUGGCGCUCUUCGAGGGCGCGCCGGGCGACGGCUGAGCGGGGCCGCCGCGGCCGCCCUUCCGCGCCCGGUGCGCCGGUGGGCCGGGCGACGGCCGGCCGGCGGCGGGGGCCGGGCGGCCCGCCGGCCGCUCGCGAGGUCCGCAGAGAUCCGCAGGGCCG